AUGAAGGCUUUUCUGGUGGCCCUGCUGGCUGCAGUCCUGUGUGCCCAGCAAGCUUCCUCCCUGUUCUGCUACACCUGUGACAAUGAACAUUCCAACUGGAACUGCCUGAAAACCUACAAGUGUGAGGACCAUGAGAAAUUCUGCACGACCACAUACAGCACUGCUGGAAUUGGCAAGGACAUAGGAUACCGCAUCACCAAGAAAUGUUCCGUGGACUGUCCCGAGACCAACGUGAACUUUGGGGUGGCCGCUUACUCCACCAAGUGCUGCAGCACCUCCCUGUGCAACUUCAGCGGGGCCAACAGCAUCCGGAUCAACUACGCCAUGAUCCUGCUGGGAAUCGUGGGAAGCCUGAUCUGUGUGCUCAGGGUGGGACUGUGA